AUCCCCCCAAAUAAUUACGUGGACAGUAAUAAUUAUUAAAUUUGUUAAGUUUUUUUCAUUCAUUAAUAUUACAAUUUUGCAUGAAAUAUCAGUGAAGCUUACCAAACACAAACAAUGCUCUUGGAGAAGUCUCAUAACCAACUUCUCCAAAGCACCCUAGACAUUGGAACCUACAACAAGCUCCAUAGCUUCACCCAUCUCGCUAACGGCUUCGCCGUCCACACCACUCCCUCUCAGGCAGAGAAGCUAAAAAAUAGCCCUACGGUGAAGUUGGUGGUAAAGGACAGAGGUGUAAAGUUGAUGACAACAUACACACCAGAAUUCCUAAAGUUACCUCAAACUGUAUGGGAUGAUGAUGAACAAGAGGGAAACAAAAAUGCAGGGGAAGGGAUUGUCAUUGGCUUUGUUGAUUCUGGCAUCAACCCUUUCCAUCCAAGCUUUGCUGAUGAUGACUUCUUAUCCAUCAACACUACUUUGGUUUGCUCGAAUUCAAGUCGGUUUUGCGGUGCCUGUGAAACGGGCCCACGCUUUCCGGCGAGUUCUUGCAAUGGGAAGAUAGUUUCAGCUAGGUUCUUUGCUGCUGGAGCUCAAGCUGCUGCCCUUCUUAAUGCUUCUGUGGAUUUCCUCUCCCCCUUUGAUGCUGUUGGUCAUGGAAGUCAUGUAGCAUCAACAGCAGCUGGGAAUUCUAGGGUUCCAGUGGUGGUGGAUGGUUUCUUCUACGGCACAGCCAGUGGAAUGGCGCCACGUGCUCGAAUUGCAGUUUACAAGGCUAUAUACCCAACAGUUGGUACUCUAACUGAUGUAUUGGCUGCAAUUGAUCAAGCAGUGAAAGAUGGAGUUGACAUCCUGAACUUGUCGGUAGAACCAGACGAACCAGGAGAAGACACGAUAACUUUCCUCGAUGUAUUUGAAAUCUUCACACUACUGGCAAGAAGAGCAGGGGUUUUUGUGGUACAAGCAGCAGGGAACAAAGGGCCCGACCCGAGCUCCGUGGUAUCCUUCAGUCCUUGGUCUGUUGGAGUCGCUGCUUGCAGCACGGACAGAAGUUACCCUGCUACUCUCUUUCUCGGAAAUGGUCAAAAGAUUGCAGGAGUUGGGUUAUCAGGGCCAACCUUUGGAAAUGGGAUACUGAAAUAUAAGCUGGUGUUGGCAAAAGAUGCUGUAUAUAUUAAUGGUUCAUUCCCAAGAACAUCACCUUACAUAGAGGAAUGCCAGUUUCCGGAAGCUCUUGAUCCCGUAGUAGUGGCAGGCAGCAUAGUGAUCUGCAACUUCUCAGAUGGAUUUUACAACCAGACUUCUUCUCUGACUUCCAUUAUCAACACUGCAAAGAUGUUGGGAUUCAUGGGUUUCAUCCUGGCUGCCAAUCCUGCUUAUGGUGAUUUCGUUGCAGAACCAGUGCCUUUCCCUGUGCCAGGGAUCAUGAUCCCCAAAACUGCAGAUGCAAAGAUCAUGUCUCAAUACUACGAAGAACGAACUAAGAGAAGUGCACAAGGAUGUGUAAUAAAAUAUAAUGCGAGAGCCUCGAUAGGUGAAGGGAGAAUGGCGUUUUUUGACAGACAAGCGGCUGCUGUAAGUAGAUUCUCUUCUAGGGGACCUGAUAUCAUUGACAGCCAUAGAAAUCCUGCAGAUGUUCUCAAGCCUGAUUUUGUGGCUCCAGGACAGCAGAUUUGGGCAGCUUGGAGCCCUCUCAGUGCUUUAGAGCCCAUUUUUAAAGGGAACGAUUUCGCUAUGAUGUCUGGAACUAGUAUGGCAGCACCUCAUAUUGCAGGAAUAGCUGCACUGAUCAAGCAACAUAACCCUUCAUGGACUCCGUCUAUGAUUGCAUCAGCAAUCUCCACUACUGCCACAAAAUACGACAAUUCCAGAGAUAUUAUACUCUCGGAAGGAUUUGAUCUUGGUAGCUUCUAUCCUUCAACUCCCUUUGAUAUAGGUGCUGGCCUGGUGAACCCAGCAAGAGCAAUAGAUCCCGGUCUAACAAUUAUUCCAGGAGAAGGAGAAUACGUAGCUUUCCUGUGCUCUUUGCCAAAUAUCAACAAAACAGAAGUUGAAGUUAUGACAGGUGGCUCGUGCAACCAUCCACUCGCACAUCCAGCAGACUUGAACCUACCAUCAGUGACGAUAACUUCUCUUAUUGGAUCUCAAUUAGUUAGGCGGAAUGUGACCAAUGUGGGAAACAAACAAGAAACAUACCUGUGUGCAGUGCUUCCACCAAUUGGGGUCACAGUUGAUGUAUCUCCAACUUGGUUCACCAUAGCUCCAACAGAAACUCAAGAUCUGGAAAUAAAGCUGAAUGUUACCCAAGCAAACAAGGACUUCAGCUUUGGAGAGAUUGUUCUAACAGGUAGCUUGGAUCACAUUGUCAGGAUGCCCUUGUCAGUUUUGCCCGUAUCAGUAUCUUAAGAGAUCAAACUAUAGUUUUACAAACCUCAGGAAAAAAAAAACAGAGUAAUUAGAAACAAAUCGAGAAGUUCAUCACAAAGAAAUGGAUAUAUAAAAUAUGCAUAGCUACAUGUCUCAAUAGAAAGUUACUCUCUUGAUUCUUCACUGCCAUAGCUGAUAGCAAAGCUCUGUCCUUUGAGGCGCUGUACCUGAGACAUGAUAGUACUCUAGUCUCAUACAAGUAUUAUUUUGCACACAUGCAUUUUGUGGCUGCCCCAAAUAUUGCACACUUACUUCUUCAAGUAAACUUUCUCUUGUUCUCUGUCCAAGUUCCAACAAUCCAACCCCAAGUUUUCUAUCUCUAUCCAUUAAUCUUAAUCUCCAUGCCAAAAAUUAUGUGCGAUGCAGGAAGUAAUUAAUUUAGUCAAAAGCAGUAUAAAACAUGAUGACAAGAAGAAAUAGAAUAGAUGGAA